GGCAAAUUCAAAAACUACAACAUAUCUCUUCAAAUUAACAACAGUCACAGGGGGUGUAAGUGUUUAGGGAAAGAGGAAAGACACUUACCGCGUAAUCGUGAUGAGUGAGGGAGUAGAAGAAAGUCAAGGUUACCCUCAAGUUUUUACGCGGAAUAGAUUAGUAGUAGUAGGCUUGGAUCCAUUUAGACUUCUGCGUUCACACUCUAUUCCUCUCCGUCCCAAGAAAAGUAGUCAAGGGUUUCAUUGUGUUUGAUUGUUGUGAGAAAAUUGUUGUACUUCUGUUGUUGGUGCUGUUCCAGACUUCAAUUUUUGAGAAAUUAUGUCUUCCCCAGUAGAUGUCGAGGAGUCGCCGGAGAUCUCAUCGGUCGGAGAUAAGUUUUGUGGUUCUGCACCUCUGGUCGUUGAGAUUGGCAUUUUAUCUGAAACGAUGGAUGGCUUUGUAUGUGAAGAGGAAUUGAUCGAUUAUGGGAACACUCCAAUACAUGUGGCUGCCAGCAAUGGAGAUCUUGAGAACCUGAGAACCCUAAUAGAGACUAAUAAAAACGAAUGUCUUCGACAGGACAAGCAUGGCGGAACACCUCUCCACGCGGCGGCGAGGAGAGGCAGGUUCGAGGCCAUGAAGGUAAUUCUCGAAGCAUGCCCUGACGCAGUGAAAGUGCUGACUGUAACGAGGAACAACUGUCUUCACACCGCGGUUUUGUAUAAUCAGGUUGGAGCAGUCGGGUUCUUGGUGGAAUGGCUUGGGAGAAAUAGAGACUACGCCUAUCUCAUUAACGGGAGGGAUUCCGAUGGCAAGACGCCUCUGCAUCUGGCAGUUUCAACAAAACAAAUCCAGACUUUAAAAGCUUUACUCACUUGCAAUGAGGUUGACGUGAAUGCCACAACUGGUGGCGGUUUCUUCACCGCUCUGGACAUCCUAAGUGUCCUGCCAUAUACUGGGAUGAUUGAUGUGGAAAUUGAAAUGAUCCUCCGUCAAGCUGGAGCCUUGAAAAUGAGAGUUCUUGCCAAUCGUGGUGCCAACAGCUAUGCUGCUUCUUUCAGCACGAUGGCUGUGUUACUGAUGGCCACCUUGCUAGUUAUCAUAACCUACCGAAAAGCUUUUACCGCCACUGGUGCCACUUUCAAUGACGGAGUUAAUGUAGCAACCAGAACCUACCAAGCUGCUUUUACGGCUGCUGGUGCCACUUUCAGUGAGGGAGGUGGUGCCCUCCGGAAACAAGAGUCGAUCAUAACUGGUUUAUUCUUGUUGUUCAACGGCAUGGCAUUUGUUGGAUCACUGGCCGUGGCUAUCCUCGUCAUACAUAAAUUAUCUGCACGUGCUGCAUAG